AUGGAUUCGACGUCUAUAGAGAAUUCCAUGACUUCACCAAACGAACCUAGUAUAAGCAACAACGACCUAUCGUUCCACACACAACGUCGAGAUUCCCGCCAAGAGAAUACCCAUACCGCCAUGCAUUCAUUCAGUUCCACGAUGUUGAAAGACAACUUGUUUGAUAACCAAUUCACCAUCAUUACUAAUGAUUUAUCGCCGACAACACCCAUCAAUAAUCACCCUCAUGAUACGGAACACGAUGCAUUGAUUGAUGAUGAUAGAGACGAAUAUAACGAGUAUUUGUACUUGUUGAAGAAUUUGAACCAACCGUUGGCGUUGGAACCGUUUGAAGAGAGCAGUGGGAUGCAAAACGACGAGUUUCCUUUGAACCUUUUAGAUUUGGAUACCCACAAGAGAGGCGGCGAUGAUAUAGAGGAACAGGCCAUAGAAGAAGAAGAGGGCUUGGGGGGAGUAGGGACUGUGGACCAAUUUGUUUCACCCAUCACAUCAUACAACAGGCGGUUUAGUGAGGUUGUUUAUGCCAACACCUCGGAACUCUUCAACACUGCAUCUAUGGAUUUGUUUUCCAAUAAUUUCCACGAUACGCCCAACGUGAUACCCAAUUCCAUGUUCAAGAACUACAAUUUCAGUAUGGCAAGCUCGUCCAAGCGUAGGGACCAUAACCAUCACAAACAUUCUGCAUCUACGUCAUAUAUAGAAAUGGUGAAUAGCCACACUCCGAUGCUUGGAGCGAUGAUUUCACCUACCUCCCCAGUGUCGUCACCUUCGACCACACCCACUCCGACAAACAAGUUUAUUAAUCCGUCAUUGAUGUUAUCUGAGAAUGCGUCGCAUGCUGCGAAAUUGGCCACGAAUGGGAGUGUGGAAGAUCCUUGCAAGGCGCUCGAUGCUGGUGCUACGCCGACAACGAGUCUCAGUAUCAAGCCCAAUUUCCUCACUCCAAUUACAACAAGUGGUGGUGGUGGUGGUGGUGGUGGUGGUGCUGCCGCCGCCGCUGCCGCUGCCGCUGCCAUCAGCACUAAUACCACUACUACUACAAACAACAAGACCGGCAGCAUGGGGAUUGGGAUGUCGAUGUUUAAUAUCAAUAACGAUACAAUCUCACCCAAUCGGAUCCGUAAGAAAUCGUCAUCUUCACCUUGCACAACCCCUUCUUCUACAACAAGCAGUGUAACUAAUAUGAAUUUGAACGUGACGUCGACCAAUCUAACUUCGCUUUCGUUUGCCAAGAAUAAACCAAUCAUGAAUGCGAUCCCGACGAUAACCACACAUCCAACAACGUUAUCUAAGAAGGCGCGUCGGAAAUCUGCGUCGGUGACGCAUAUGACUAUCAAUAACAGCACGAGUACAAGCAAUACGAAUGGUACGAGCUUGAAUGAAGAGGUGAAGCCGUUCAAAUGUGGUCAAUGUGAGAAGGCGUUUCGUAGAUCAGAACAUUUGAAAAGACAUGUGAGGUCUGUGCAUUCUUCGGAAAGACCGUUUCCUUGCACGUUUUGUGACAAGAGGUUUUCAAGAUCGGAUAAUCUGUCGCAACAUUUAAAGACACAUAAGAAACAUGGUGAUUUCUAG